CAUAUGGUCUUAAAAAAAAAGAAAAGAAAUGAAAAAAAUGGGGGAGGGGGGCGAGGGGUUGUUAGUUUCAAAGCCGGGUGGUCUGGUGGUCCAUCCCAUUACUCCAGUGAGAUGUCUGAACAGAGAGUAAGCUAAAUAGCCAUUAGAGAGCUCGAAAUCACCUCUUAUAGCAACUCUUUCCGCAAUCCAAUUUAGACUCGACGACUUAAUUAGGCGUUGACACUCUUGAAGGGGAGGGCAAACAGCCGCACUUCAGCUCUGCUGCAAACCGGGUGUUAAGCGGUAAAGCGAGCCGCGCCGGAUUAGAGAAUGGCCAAACGGAAAGAGAAAGUUUGCUUGUGUAUAAGCAUUCCGCUUUUAUGCGCGGUUACGAUUAUUGUUAUCAUCUCCGUAGCUCACUUUAACGAAGAAUGCGCGGAAGGACUUUACAAGAAAGCAGCAGUGGCAGCAGACUCGGAAACCUGCUCGAAGGUCGGACGAGAUAUCCUGCAGUCUGGUGGAUCAGCGGUAGAUGGCGCCAUCGCUACUUUACUGUGCACGUCAGUCAUAAACCCCCAGAGCAUGGGCAUCGGCGGAGGCUCUAUAUUCACAAUACGGGAACCAAAUGGAAGAGUAAGAAUAAUCAAUGCCAGAGAGGCCAUCCCGAAAAAUUUCAAAACAGACCUUCUUGCCACGUGUCCAACAACAAUACAGCCAAUGGAAGGUGCCCAUUGGAUCGGUGUCCCAGGAGAUAUUCGUGGCUAUGAGCGAGCACACAGACUAUAUGGACGUCUCCCUUGGGCCUGUUUAUUUCAGCCUACCAUCAAUAUGGCUAGAGAGGGCAUUCGCAUUCCCUAUAUGCUCUCUCGGUUUUUGCCACUUGUCCUAAAGGAGAAGCCAGAAUCACCACUACGCCAGUUAUUCCAGAAUGAAAAAGGAGAGCUUCUGAAAGAGGGGGACAUAGUGAAAUUUAACAAACUAGCAGAUACGCUUGAGAUCAUCGCAAAGCACGGAGCAGACGCUUUAUACACUGGUGACAUCGCCAAAGACCUUGUUAGUGACAUACAGGCUGCAGGUGGAACGGUUUCUCUGGAGGACCUGAAUUCGUUCAGGGCAUCUGAAUCAGAUGCUUGGGAAGUCAAUCUGGGAGACUAUGACAUGUACUUUCCUCCACCGCCAGCAGGGGGAGCGAUACUUAGCUUCGUACUCAACACCAUGCUAGGUUUCAAUCUAAGUUCCGCAUCUCUGGAGGGGGACGAGAAGGUUUUAACAUUCCAGCGUUACGUAGAAACCUGUAAAUUUGCCAAUGGCCUUAAAAAGUUCAUGAAGGAUCCCAACUUUGCCUCUCAAACGGAGGCGGUUGAGAUCAUUCAGAAGCAUUUCGCCGACAAAGUGAGAGCAAAAAUCAGUCCUGACCACAGUUAUGAUGCCAGCUACUAUAACGUCACCCCAUAUCUGGACUCGCAUGGCACUACUCACGUGUCUGUGCUCGCUGAGGAUGGCAUGGCUGUUUCUGUGACCAGCACCAUCAACCACAUAUUUGGAUCCAGGAUUUUCUCCUCCAAAACAGGCAUCCUCCUCAAUAAUGAACUUGCAGACUUCUGUGGAAAAACUGAUCAGAUUCAUGCUGGUGAACAGCCGCCCUCCUCCAUGUCUCCAGUGGUUCUUCACUCAAGAUCUAAGAAGCAUAUUGUGGUCAUAGGAGCGUCAGGGGGCAGUAUGAUCACCACCGGGGUGGCGCUGACUCUAAUGAACUUCCUGUGGUUCGGCAAGACUCUGCAGGACUCCAUUGACGCUCCUGUGGUGUUUGUAGACUCCAAAAACGUUCUCAACUUUGAGCCCUCAUUUGACAAGAUAGUUGUGGAGUCACUUAAUAAGAUCGGGCACAAAGUCAAAGUCCCACAGAUAUUUUAUAAUGUGGUUAAUGCCGUUUCAAAGGAAAACCAGUGUAUAGUGGCCGUUUCUGACUCAAGAAAAAAAGGAAAAGCUGCAGGAUAUUAACCUAGAGUUCAGCUGGAGACAAACUCACUCCAGCUCUUGUGACUCUUCAUCAUCUGUGCCGUUUUUUGGAUAAGAAGUGCAUGACAAAUAGUUUCAAACACCAUCAAAAUGGGAUUUGUUUUGGUGUACUUUUAGUGAACACCAUCAAAAUGUGACCUUUUUAUGUACUGUGAAACAACUCAACAAAAUAUUUAUUGUAAAUAUGCAUUUUUUGUAUAAGUAUGCACAAAAUAUGUGACUGAUAUUUUACAAUAUUUAAAAUGCAGUUUUGUGUGUUAGAUAUCACUUUUGUAUUUGAAUCAGCUUGUUUAUUAUGAGUUGAUGUGUGCACAGAAAGGAAUCUUAAAGGUCAAAUAUACAAUACUGUUAAAACAUUUGGGGUCUGCAGAAUUUGUCUGCAAGUUUUAUUAAAUACUUUUAUUAAGCAGGAAUCAAUUAAACUGAUAAAAGGUUACAGUUAAUCUUUUGAGCAAAAUGAAUAAUGUUUUCCACAACACAAAAUCUGUUUUUAACAUCUAUUAUAAGAAAUGGAUUUGAACAGCAAAUCAGCCUACUAGAAGGAUUUCAGAAGGAUCAUGUGACUGAAGACUGGAGUAAUUCAACUUUGCCAAUAUAAAUAGUGUGUGUGAUGAAAAAAUAUUACACAUCCAAACCUUUAAAUGGUAGCACUUGUUCGUCACAACACUGGCAAACACACCUUUCUUUCUUUCUUUCAUAAUUGUAUGGUUAUUUUAUGUUUAUCCAUGAUGGUUAAACCAAAACACAUGAAGCAAUGUUUAUAACCACAACUGAUGUUUUACAAUUUCACCUUUUAUGUAAGUAUAUAAUAAAAGUUUCACUUUAAAAUGUUUUGAAUACAAAUGUAAAAUAAAUAAUUUAAUAUCAAAAUAUUA